AGGGACCAAACUACAAAUUAAUCAUAUAUAAAUAUCCCAACAAAGAAAAAUAAAAACUCAACUUGAUCAAUCUUGCAGAUUCAGUUAAACGAUGGCUCAUUCUUCAUUUCCAGUUGAAAUAAACGUGUUCUCUUGUGGAAAGUAUCAUCCAAAGCCUAUAGAACUAAAUAAUGAAGUCACCCGAAAGCCUUUGACGAUAGUUACACCACUAGAAGAAGGAGAAUUCCCUGUACUGAUUUUACUACAUGGUUUUCUUCUCGAUAGGGAUUUUUAUUCCCAGCUCAGUUGUCACAUUGCUUCUCAUGGUUUCAUCAUCGUCGUUCCUCAGUUAUACGAAGGAUUAUAUAUAGGAUUUGAUGCGGAUGUAGACGUCGAGUCUGCAGCUGAAAUAACCAACUGGCUACCUGAAGGACUUCAACAAGUCCUUCCGUCUCAAGUAAAAGCAAACCUAACAAAGAUAGGACUGGCUGGCCAUAGUCGUGGAGGAAAAGCCGCAUUUGCCCUUGUUCUAAAUCGACUUAACACGAAGUUAAAUUUGAAAUUUUCUGCAUUGAUUGGAAUCGAUCCUGUUGAUGGAUUGGACAAAUGGAAGCAAACUCAACCAAAGGUGCUCACUUAUGUUCCACAUUCGUUUGAUCUUGAAAUGCCAGUGAUGGUUAUUGGUUCAGGUCUUGGUGAAUUCCCGAUAAUACCGAUCUGGCCGUUCAGACCUUGCGCACCAGAAGGGGUAAACCAUAAGAACUUUUACAAUGAAUGUCGUAAACCCGCUUGUUAUUUUGUUGUGAAAGAUUAUGGGCAUCUUGACGUGCUUGAUACCAAGACGACAGGGCCGACAGGCGUCGCUACUUAUUGUAUGUGUAAGAGUGGGAAGACUAGGAAUCCUAUGAGGAUAUUUGUUGGAGGGGCUGUGGUUACUUUCUUGAAAGCUUCUUUUGAUGGAGAUUUUAGUUAUUUAAUGGCUAUAAAAGAUGAUGAAAAUUCACCUGUUUCGCUCCAGACGGUUGACUACAUGCUUUGAAAGAUGAUGAAAGCAUUUUUAUUGAAAGCUUGUUUUUUUUUUUUUUUUUUUUUUACACUGAAACUCUUUCUAGAUUUUUUUUGUUGAAGAUAUAAGCUAAGACUUAUAAUGUAUGUAAUGGUUCUUGAUUGAUGGCAAUUACAAGUUGGUGUUGUAGCAACCAUUUUUGUUGGUUCAUAAGCUAUAUUGCACUACAAGAAAAAAUCGAUUUGGCUAU